AGUCACAAAGUCAUAAUUAUGGCUAAACCUCGCCCAAUUCUCAAUUCUACAACUUCUCUUAUUAAAACCAGAUUUUUAAACCUAACAUAAUGCCUAACCUUAAAUGAAGACAACAAAAAAUGUAAUGUUUGUUUUCAUAUAUUGUUUUUACGAUAGCCAAUGUUGACUUUGUGGCUGUAGUAACUACUGAUAAGCCAACUAGUCAGCCAUGUUCUUUAUAGUUAAAUGAUAAUGGUCAGCCACCUCGGUAGCUUGCUAGCUGAAACAUUGAAGCUCUUUAGACUCGUUCAUGUAUAUUAUCCACUGUGUUUUUAAACUCACUUUUGUCGUCUAGCUAGUUAUCCCAUUUAAUUUCAUAUUUACAUUGUUGUUAUUCAUCACCGAAGGUAGCUGUCUGGUUUAGUUCACUAGCCUAGAUAGCUAACUGUUAGCUAACAUCUCCGACCAUGAGUUCACUGAGCUACUCUCCUCCAGCUAAAGAAGAGGUCUGCUGGACGGAGAAAGAGGGUCUGUGGCUGAACGUUGUCGUGAAAGAAGAAGAGGAAGAGGAGGAUGUCACAGUAACAAAAGUAGAGGAUGAGGAUGUUGCAGUGAAAGAAGAAGAGGACGAGAAAGAGGAUGAUUCAGAUUUUGGAGAGGAGGGAGAGAUGACUGGUAUAUUGGAAGAAGAAGAAGAAGAGGACGAGGAUCUGAUUAACCCCAGAGAGAGACGUGACUAUCGUGGAUCCUCUGGGGAGCCUCAACAACAUCAUGAUGCUGAUGAGGCAGAGAAGAGUCUCUUCACAUCAGAACACCUCAAGAAACACCAGCGGAAACCCACAGGGAAGAAACUUCACCACUGCUCUGACUGUGGGAAGAGUUACUCAAGAUCAGAUUCACUAAAAGUACACCAGAGAAUUCACACUGGAGAGACAUCUCACUGCUGCUCUGACUGUGGGAAGAGGUUUACCUCUUCAGCAGACCUCAAAAGACAUCAGAGAAUCCAUACAGGAGAGAAACCUUAUAGCUGUGAUCAAUGUGGAAAGAGUUUUAAUGUUCCAAGCAGCCUGAAAACACACCAGAGAACACACACAGGGGAGAAACCUUAUAGCUGCGCUGACUGUGGGAAGAGUUUCUCAAAAUUAUAUACAUUACAAUCACACCAGAGAAUUCACACUGGAGAGAAACUUUAUAGCUGCUCUGACUGUGGGAAGAGUUUUUCAAAAUUAUAUACAUUACAAUUACACCAGAGAAUUCACACUGGAGAGAAACUUUUUAGCUGUGAUCAAUGUGGGAAAAGGUUUACUCACUCAAGCUGCCUGAAGGUACAUCAGAGAACACACACAGGAGAGAAACCUUAUAGCUGUGAUCAGUGUGAGAAGAAAUUUGUUACAUCUAGCAGUCUGACUAUACACCGGAGAUCUCACACAGGAGAGAAACCUUAUAGCUGUGAUCAAUGUGUGAAAAGUUUUACUUCAUCUAGCCAUCUGACUAUUCACCAGCGGACACACAAGAGAGAAACCUCAUAGCUGUAAUCAAUGUGGGAAGAGCUUUAUCCAAACAUCCUGAUAUCACACCAGAGAACACACACAGGAGAGAACUCAUAGCUGUGAUCAAUGUGAUAAGAGAUGCUGGUAAAAUUUAGAAAAUACAUACAUGAAGUUGUUUCAUGAUGUCAAUAAAAUGUCACAAUGUAGAAUGUUAUUAACAUUGUAGUAGGAUUAUUUUAAUGAUGUCACAAUGUAGAAUGUUAUUAACAUUGUAGUAGGAUUAUUUUAAUGAUGUCACAAUGUAGAAUGUUAUUAACAUUGUAGUAGGAUUAUUUUAAUGAUGUCACAAUGUAGAAUGUUAUUAACAUUGUAGUAGGAUUAUUUUAAUGCUGUCACAAUGUAGAAUCGUAAACAUUUGACCCCCUGUUCUAUUCAUUUCAGCGUGAUAUAGAUAUUAGCCUCGGGAUGAAUCCAGGCCUCAUCAGGGGAAGUAAUGAGUACUAUUUAUUUGAUUAACAAAAAAGUGAUUAACAAGAAAAAGAGUUGUUACACUUGGCGCCCCAUUUGAAUGAGAAUAGAGCACUUCAAAAUGUAGCUAGCUGUUUUCUGCAGGUUGUCCUCUAACCAGUGAGGUAAAAUAUAUCUCACAUUUCUGUGUGUUUUUUUUAGUUGUGUUAGAUUCAACAGCACAUACAACCUGAUUUCCCCCCCCUAAUAGAUUGCCAGUUGUCAAAACAACAGCGUAAGUAAUAUACUUAGUUACUGACUGACUUUAUUGUCCCCAUGGGGAAAUGUACACAUUUAAAGUGGUGUUUAAAUACAAAACAAGAUUGACAACUUUCAUAACAGUUACAUAGCUAUAAAAAUAAUAAUAGUAAGAAAUAAGAAGUACAACUUUUUUUUUAAAGAAGAAAAGACUAGCCUGCUGGACUUACAGGGUCAAUGGGAACAUUCACCCGAGCUAUUUAGGAGGGAUAUCACACCUGGCAUAAAUGAUUGUCUCGUUCUGUUUUUCCUGCUGAGGCCCUAUACCUGCGCCCAGAGGGGAGUAAUUCAAAGUCUUGAGGGUGGCUUGGGUCUAAAAUGAUGAUAUGAUAUGAUUACUACUGUGGAACAUGUUUGUGUAGAUAGUACAUUUUAUGUUUAACUUUUCAAUAUCACAAACUGUUUCUAUUGAUUUGAACAAAUUAUAAUCUUCAAAUUAUAAAAAUAAAACAAAAUAGCAAAAUUAAAUAAAUAAAGAUUUAUUCAUUUUUAAAUUAGGACUAUGCCCGAUGUCUAAUUAUUUGUAUAAUUUUUUUUUUAAGUGAAAAUUUAAAAUACUAGUGCAUUAUUGUCAAUACAUAUUAAACGGUGUUCGGUUUGGUUUGAUAUUUCAAAAUAUUUACAUUUCAUGUAACAUUUUAUUCAUCAGAAUUAUUUGAUACUUUUUCGGUACAAUUAUAUUAUUGGGCCCAGCGUCGUCCAGGUUUGGCUGUUGUUGGCAGUCUUUGUAAAUAAUCAUUUGUUCUUAACUGACUUGCCUAGUUCAAUAAAGGUUCAAUUGAAAAAAUUAAAUGUUUUUUUUUAAAUGAAAAAUAGUAUCAAUUCAUUAUAUCUUACACUAUGUCAAAAUAGUGCAUACUGUGUACAUUUUAUAACUUUUCAACCAAUCCAGUACAUUUUUGUUGAAAAUUUAGAAAUUGUAGUGUAAUAUACACUGCUCAAAAAAAUAAAGGGAACACUUAAACAACACAAUGUAAC